AUGCUACAACAUCCCCUCAGCAUGCAGCUUGAGCAUCCCAUCGCCAACAUGACGGCUCCUUGGGCGUGGACUCUCGACACGGCUUCAUCGUCAUCUACGCUCGCCGGACCGUCCUCUUCGUCUGCAUUCGUCUCGACAGACCCGCUCUCGUCGCUGUCAAACACCUCGGUGGAGCGCACGGCGACCGACGAGAUCUUUUGGCAGGAUUUCAGGCCGAAACGGUGUCCAAUCAAGGUCGCGAGGCGAGAGAAGAAGCGAGCGAGGCUCAGCAGAUUCGACAGCGAUGACGGCGAGCACGUUGAUGUUGAUGCAGGAGUAAAGACGGAAGAAGACGAGUUGGCAACGUCAGCAGAUGCAGCAGAGGCGGGAGAGUCAGAGGAAGACGAAGCGAGUGGAGCCGGUCAGACCUCGAGCGAGGGGUCAGUGACCAACGACGAUACUGAAGACCUGCCUCCGUCCAGCGUAACGGAGAUCAAGAUCGAAGAUGAGGUGACCGACACGAAAGACUCUCCUUCCAUUGGAGCCGCAUGCAAGCAAACGAGGCAAACCCAGCCUGAGGCCGCCGCCUAUGCAACGCAUUUGAUCGCUCGAGCUAUCCAUCGGCACGCCCUUCUAGACGGCGAAGCGGACAUCGCGGCUUCCGCUGUCACGCAUGAUUCCCCUUCACCACUCACCUACAAAGAGACAGUCCGACUAGUCCGUCUGGUCGCAAUGAUCUUUCGCUUCCCCAAAUCCUCCCGUCGCAUCGUGCGUCGUCGCCGUCCUCGCCCGUCCGACUCCAACCCUGACUCCACGCUCGACUCAUCCACUGCAUCCGCCUCGACCUCCGCAGCCAGCACAAGCACCUCCAUCAUCGAGCUCAAGCCCAAGUAUGUCUCGAGCACGUCACGCAAACCACGCAUUCUCGCCAAGAUCCACCCGGACGAUGCGCUACCACAUUCAGCGGCAGUGCUGAAGCUCAUCGCGCUCAUUCCAGCAGCUCUGCCGUCGCGCGUGGGCUGUGUGGACUGGAUCGUGGACAUUGCGGUGCAGGCGAGGCGAGAUGAAUAUGGUAACAUUCUGCUGCCCAAUAGCGCUUAUGAAUGCGGGACGGGUAGAGGUGAGAGCGAGGAUACGGAGAUCGGGAAUGUGACCAUUAAGAAGGAGGACGAAGAGGAGCAGGAAGGGAAGGUGACAAGGUCCAGAAGACUGAGAGCGGGGACAAGCGGGCUGGCUCUGGCCAGAGCCGUCGACGCGGAAGCUGACUUGAAGGCAGAAGAGCAGGAUGCAGUCGCCACACCGGAUACCUCACUGGCUGUGGAGGAGCAGGUCGACUCGCACACGUCCACCCCGAUGGACUCGUCAGACGCCGCACCGUUCUCCUCGCCACUUUCCUCCGCCAUUGCCCCACCAGACGAAUCCGCACCCCGCAAACCGAAGCUCAACAACCUUUCCAAGCUCCUCGCCGAGCGCAUGCGCGAGAAGCGAGAAGCCAAAACGCUGCUUUUGCGAACCCACCAGUCACUGCGAAAGAAGAGGAGCGUCGAUGCGGAGGACGACUCGGUUUCACGCGAAGAAGCGGGCGUGGUAGCGGCAGAGGAAGACGAGGGGGAUGAUAUGGAUACCGAGACGCUCGCAAACACCAUUGCCAACAGCGCUAGGGUCAAUGCUCGUGCUGCGAUCUUGGGAGAGGACGGCGGUGGAGUGAGGGACCUAGCUGGAGGUGAGGGCGAUGUGACGAUCAAGCAGGAAGAUGUGUGA